CUGCAGCGGAUCGGCGAACGAAGCCCAGCGGAGAAUCACAGCAACGCAACUCCAGGGAAAAUUCUGCGCUUCGCUUUACUGUAGUAUGGCAUCAAGGAGAAUGGAGACCAAACCAGUAAUAACCUGCCUCAAAACGCUCCUGAUCGUCUAUUCCUUCGUGUUUUGGAUCACGGGGGCGAUCCUGCUUGCGGUGGGACUAUGGGGUAAAUUCAUGCUUGGCCCGUACAUCUCUCUGAUUGCCGAGAACUCCACCAACGCCCCCUACGUGCUCAUCGGCACCGGAACCACCAUCAUCGUCUUCGGCCUGUUCGGAUGCUUCGCCACCUGCCGUGGGAGCCCAUGGAUGCUCAAGCUGUAUGCCAUGUUCCUGUCGCUGGUGUUCCUGGCAGAGCUGGUGGCUGGCAUCUCUGGCUUUGUGUUCCGACACGAGAUAAAGGGAACUUUCCUGAGGACAUACAAUGAGGCCGUGCAGGACUACAACGCCAAGGACGAGAAGAGCCUCGCUGUGGACAAUGUGCAACGCAGCCUGCGCUGCUGUGGCGUGCUCAACUACACCAGCUGGUUCAGCAGCGUCUACUUCCCCACCAACGGCAUCCCCCCCAGCUGCUGCAUCAACACUUCCGACUGCAGCUCCUCCGACCUGCGCAAUGCCACCAUAGCCCCCAGCAAGGUUCACCAGCAGGGAUGCUAUGAGCUGGUGACCUCCUUUAUUGAGACCAACAUGGGCAUUAUUGCUGGCGUGACCUUUGGCAUUGCUUUCUCACAGCUGAUCGGCAUGCUGCUGGCCUGCUGUCUGUCCCGGUUUAUCACUGCCAAUCAGUACGAGAUGGUGUAGCAGCACAGGAGCACAGGAUGAUGGCAAGAGGGCAAACGUCACCUGGGACACCUGGGACAGGACACACCUGAAACUCUAGCACACUCCAUUCUCAUGGCUUCUCUGUGUGUCCUACCCCUCCACUCAUUUUAUCCUUCUUCUUUAUUCUCUCUCUCUCUCUCUCUCUCUUGUUUUCAUCCUUUUCUCUUCUCUCCUCCUCUUCUUUUUUCCUCUCUGUCUGUCUUUCUCUGACUCUCUUUGUGUAGUGCAUCAUUCCUUAACGUGCAGUUGUGGCAUGAUGGGGGAUUUAAAUCAAAUCGAUUUCCUCUUGUGACCUUAACAAAGCUAGAGGAACAGGAUCUGCACCCACUCAUUAGUUUCAGUCGUUUGCUGUACAGACAACGCCCCUGCAUGCAGAAUCACACCUCCGCUAGCGACACAAACAUCAAACACUAUGACAUUUGUACAAAUAACCAAAAAUGUGACUAAGACAUUGCAUCAUAGUUCUUUUUGUCAGACAUGUUUUUGACGCAAACAGAUAAAACAAAUAGCAUAACAAUCAAAUAUGAAGUUAAGUUUCUUUUUUAAUCUUGUGUGGGAUUUUUUUUUUUUGGGAGGGAGAUCCCUCUCCAGUGACACAAAUGGUGUUCGCUUUGUGCUGCUACAUGACGUCCAUCUGUCUGCAUCCUGUUUGAGACGAACAUCGCCUAUAGCUCCGCAUUGAAAUGUGUUCUAGUAGCUCUCUGUGGGUGUGUGUGUGUGUGUUUUGUGUUGCUUUCUCUCUUUCUUUUUUAAAGUAAAUAAAGUUUUUUUAAAAAGCCAUCGGGUGAAUGUCCACAUCAAAUCAGCUCAGUGCCCAGUGCCCAGUGACCUCGGUCACUCAGCCCCCCCCCCCCAGUGCCUGCACCCUCUACCCGCGUUCUGCAGUUUGUGUUGUCUGUGUUAUUUAUUUAUUUAUGUUCUUAUUUAAAUUACAAUAUAUACAAAAUCAGUGUACUUAAUCUGCAUAUUGAUGAAGCCUGUAGUCUCCAUUUUGCCUCAGAACAGGUCUCUCUCUCUCUCACACACACACACACAGCCGUGACUAUAGAGGUAAUUUCCGUCUAACUAAACUCCUAGCCUUGGCAAACAUUUCUGUUGCUCUCUGUUGCUGGCCAGCGUCUCGUAUAUUAGCCGCUCAGUGGCACUCCCAACCUAGCCGAGCUUCUGCUGACGCACCCUGUGGACACUCUGUCCCAGCUGUGCCCCACGCCCCCCAUCCUCUGAGUCAGCAGUGCCCAGCCAGGGUCUGACUCACUCACUCCCUCUCCACUGCGGUCCACGCAGAGAGCAGGACCACAGCAGAGCCACAGCCAGCCAUUUCACUGCCCCCACAGGCUGCUGGUGGUGGUCAGGGAGGGAGGAGAAAAGGGGUGUGUGAAAGGGUAGGCUCCCUUAGGUCACGGCGGUCAUUUUGAGAGCAUAAUUCCUGCUGUGCCAAGUGGCGUGGGCACUGGUGGUCAGUCUGCUACUCUCUAGGCGUGCUCGUCACCUGUCUGUCUACAAGAGAAACGCAGUUCUCCUGCCUUAUGAACUCCAUAUCCGCUGUAGCUUAAUCAACUAGAGUUAAGAAUGUGAUUAAAAGCCUUAAACGUCUCACAAGCCGCUUGCCCUGGUUGUGUGUAAACUGAAAUCUAUCGGCCUUUCCUUGGCCAAAUCCAAAUAGCGAACAAGCAGGAACAGGUGUUCUGCGUAAACUCCUGUGUGGAGGACCCACUGUCUUGGCGAGUCACAUGUGAGGUGAGGUGAGGUGAGGGUGUAGUUCACUCGUUUAACUCUGGGUAUGAGGGGGUGGAUGGAGGAGAGAGCUGAAGUCACUGGCACUGUCUUGUGUUUAGAAAACUCUUGAUGUGAGUAGAGUGGGCUGCUGGUUACCAUUUUCUGUUUAUGACCGUUUGCUUUUAGAUUGUUUCUCAGGUUUUUUUUUUUUUUUUUUGGCCGGUUUUGAAGUUGUCACUUUGCCCUUUGUGUUGGUGGAAUACAUAUCUCAAAUAAGUGGAGAAGCUAACGUGUUGUACAUGAUUCCUAGUCACACAAUCUGAACAGUUAGAUGAGCAUAACAAUAAGACUUUGUAUAAAAUAAACUUUUUAAAACGCAUCACCAGCUAGCAUGCCAACAAAUGUACGUUGAUAUUGUAAACAACUGUGAUCUCUAUUAAUAAAAUGGUCAUUUCAUGGUU